AUGGAUGUUUUAUUAUCCUUAAACUCAAGCUCAAGCCUAAUCAACAUUUCAAAACCAUACAAACAUCAUCAUAACCUUCAUCUCUCAAAUAAUCAUCAAACAAAACCUCGCACGGUACAGUUUUCUGUUUCAUGCAGAGCCACAAAAAGUGUUCCAAUGAAUCAUAAACUAGAUGAUGGAAACUUGUACAAGACACUACGUUUGAGUUCCAAAACAGCAACAAAAGAUGAGAUAAAAAGAGCAUAUAGAAGAAUGGCUCUUCAGUAUCAUCCUGAUGUUUGUCAUGAUGGAACGAAGAAAGAGGAAUCAACGAGGAUAUUUGUACAAGUUAAUGAAGCUUAUAAGACUCUGUCGAAUCCAAAGCUUAAAGAAAAGUAUGAUUCAGAGUUGUUUGGUUUGGGUAAUUUGAGAAGAAGUAAAUGGAUGGAACAAGUUGAUGAAUUGAAUAGAAGAUCUCAAAAAAGUAAGGGCGGUGCAUCUUCAUGGGGUUGUAGAAUGAGAGCCAUGAAUAAUAAUAACAUUAAAACCUUAUAA